GAUUGGUCCGAGCGCUGAACUCGUAACAUAAAGCGCUCCCAUAUAAACCCCGUGCAGACCUGACAUCGGUGCAAUCUGUCAUUCAAGUCAAAAGGAUAGAGAGGAGUGCACAGUAGGAGGAAAUUACUUGUUCCAGCCUAGAUUUGCUCAGCCGAGGCUCCAGGAGCGUUCAUUCUUAUGAACUGCACACAAAGCAGGAAGCGUCUCUGUGCAUUUAGUUGUGCGAUCUCUUGCGCUGAGAGGACAAUGCCUUUGAGGACCGGACUUUUUCUCCUGAUGGUGCUGAAUGCAUCUGCAUAUGAACUGGAGCAAAACGAGUCCUAUUCACCCAGGAGAGUACGCUUUUCUGUCAACAGCCCUUCAGAUGUGGCACGCUGCCUCAACAGUGCCCUCCAAGUUGGCUGUGGAGCGUUCGCUUGCCUGGAAAACUCAACGUGUGACACAGAUGGCUUACAUGACAUCUGCAAGUCUUUCCUGUACAGUGCUGCUAAAUUUGACACUCAGGGUAAAGCGUUUGUAAAGGAGAGCCUUAAGUGCAUCGCCAAUGGCAUCAUCUCCAAGGCAUUCCCCACCAUCCGUCGCUGCUCCACCUUCCAAAGAAUGAUAACCGAAGUCCAGGAGGAAUGCUACAGCAGGUUGGGCAUCUGCAAUGUUGCCCAAGCCAAUCCAGAUGCUAUUGGUGAAGUUGCACAGCUGCCAAGUCAUUUCCCCAAUAGGUUUUAUGGUAAGCUUCUACAGAGCCUGAUGGACUGUGAUGAGGACACAGUUGACCGUAUCAGGACCAGCAUGGUGCCACGGCUGGGCCCAGAGAUGACCAUGCUCAUUCAGCUGCUGCAGAACAAGCCCUGCCCAUCCACUGCCGGGGCAGCGGCUUCAGUCGUCCCAACUGGCGCGGAGACCCGCGCAAGCUGGCGCUGGUCCAUGGGUCCCAACAUGUACAAGAUCCAGCCUAAUCUGCGAAACAGAGACUCUGCUAGUCAUUUAGGCAAAAAGCGCCCUGGCAGCGACGGGUCCUAACUUCGGCUCAGAUUAAGAAAUAUCCACCCAGUAAGUUCAGUUAUUCCCCAGCGGUGAUGAAAUCUGUGUCUCUGCUAGUUUGGAAGUUAUUGAAACAUGCACCUCUUAGAAAUACCAGACCACCCAUACAGUUGAUAUCAGUUUGAUUGUUGUUAUAUUGUAUAUCCUACAUGUUAGGCUUGAGUGAACCCGUCUUUCAUUGACUGAUUUCAAAUAAGUCUGCUCACAGUCUGUGUUGAACAUGUGGCUGACAAAAACAAGGUGUUGUUAUUCAAAAUUUGCUCAUGAAUAUAAGUCAGUGGUUUGACUAUCAUUGGUUGAAAUUUUUGGUAGAUGUAUGUUAUGAGCAUGAGAUAUGAGUGUCAUAGCACUUCACAUAACACUUAAAUGUACUGUAUACUAACUUAUAUGAGACAGCCAUAAUCUGCCCUCUAAAAGAGUGCUCAUGUGGACUAGGUCUGUAGAGGUUUCUGGAGGAUACCUUAAAGUGACCAAAAACACAUAAAACUGCCCUGAAUGCUAUCCACAAAAAUACCAAAAUUACGUUUAGCUAUAGCACAUAGAGUUUAGGAUUUAUUUUCUGAUGGCAGAAAAAAAAAAAAGAUUGUCCAGGUCGCGGCCAAGUCUAUCUAAUAUCUUAUAUCCAGACACUUGCAACGCAUAAGACUGUUGAGCUACAUGCGGGACCAGUUUAGUUCUUAACUGAGCGUGAAACAGCGAUGUACGUGCCGUAGCUGAAUGACAUGUUCACUGUUGAGAGUGAGAACAGCCAUCUUUUUGGACUGUGGUGAUCGUCGUUCUCGGAAGUGAAUCAUGUAACACUGACUUCCUGUAUCAAGAUAGAGACUGACUAUUUAAAAAAAAAAAAAAAGCCUUGAUAUUUAUUUUCCUACUAUAUUAUUUAAUGUUUUUAUUAUGUUAUGCAUUAUUGUAGUUUUACAUAGUUUACAGGUUACUAGCAGUUUAGACAUGACCCCUGUUUGAACAUGAGCUCUAUGCCAAAAAAAAGGAAAGGUGAGAUGACACUCUGGUGACUGAAUGGGACCCGUCAUGACUCUGUGCUGGCCAUAGGGGAACAAGGUUGGUCAUUCAGGUCAGGUGAUUUAAUUUAUGGGUGUUUCGAGAGACUGCUUUGGUUUUAAAACAAAAGCUGCUGUUGUGGUUGCUUGAAGUCCACUUUUAGAGAACAUUGUGCACAUUAGUGAAGAAUAACCAAGUCAGUAAAACAAACACCAGUGUAAAGUAAUCUUUUAAUGAAGUGUUCCCUAAUAUAUUUACACUUUAUCUAUAAUCUGGUUUUCAUAAAAAGUGAUGCGCUGCUAUGUCUGGCUACUCUGCACAUAGCAACGUAGCAAUAGUUUUGAACAAACGUCAGCAGUAUCAGAAUAUUCAUAUAAAUGUCUUUAUUAUGAAUAGCGUGGUUAAACAGCAGAGCAUAAAGAGAAAUAACACACCUAAAACAUAUUUUCCACUUUUCCUUGUUUGUGCGUAAGUUAAACUUACCACUGCAGGACAGCUAAUUUGUACAGAAAGUUAUAAAAGUUGCAGUUUAGCGUCCAUUGCCUUUAAAGUUGUGGGAUUUAUAUCUGGUGGCCAUGUUUAUUAGCUUUUAGACACUGCUGCUGUAGCCUUUAGUUAAACGUUUCUGUUUAAAAUACAUUAAAAGUUCCUCUGGCAAUCAGCCACAGCUGCUAAUAUUCAUCGGAUUGCAAGAAAAAUCUAAAUCUGCAGUGGCCUUCACAAUGCCUAGAGAGCAUUUGUUUGUGUCUUUUACUUGCUCUACCAUUUGUUCCCUUUUGAAGCAAUUGUUUGCCCAUGCACUUUUUUGCAAUCAUAAAAGUAUAUUUUUUUAAAUGUAUGAAUUAUUUCAGGAAUAUUCUGCACUAUUCGUUAUUCUGUCACUGAUUUUGACGAAUGGUCCUUGACCUGCAAAUACCAAAUUUUAGCAGAUUCUGGUAGUUUCUUUUAAAACUAUAAAGUAAGAAGACAUCCAAACAAAUAAAAAAGUUUCUAACUGUCUUGUUGGGGGCAGACAUUUGUUAUUUAUGUUAAGAAAUUGAGCUGCUCUAAGACAUAUAUGUAUAUUAGCAUACUUGGCUGGCAUAGCCAAUGCAUCAUUUUUGCUGUAUUUAAUUUAGCAAACUUUACAUACUUAUCUUAACUCAUUUCAAAGGCAGUUUCUUUUUUAACAAUGUCCUUAGCUUCCUCUGAUAUUAUUAUGACACCUCUCAUUUUCACCACAACAUAAAUUCUUCUAGUCAAUCUUAACAAGUAACUAUAAUUUAAACUCAGCUCAUUUACAGCAACGCAAUAAUUCAGAUUGAACAGUUUAGCCCUGAGACAUAGGCAUUCAGAAGGGACCUCAUGCUGGUGUUUGUUUUAAUUUGAACCCUGUUGAUGGAUUAUGGUUUGGCACUGUGGACUUCUAGUAGAUGACUUCUGUUAGCUUAGAGUGAAGUUUAGCUCAAUUAGACCGACUUAUUAAAAAAUGUGCACCUCAAAGCAAGAGAAGCAAACUUCUACCUAAGGUUAAGUUUGAUUUAGAAUAUCAAUUAUUUCAAAUAUUAAACACCACAAAUUGUUUUGAUUACUAUAGUUUUAUUUUUAAUAGUGAUUCUUUUUUUGUUAUUAUUUUGGCUUCAUUAAAGGAACUGAUGGCUGUCUCUUUUCAAUGAGAACAAUUUUGUCUUGGAUUGUUUAGAGUGAAGCACAGAUCUUGGAAAGAAAAAGUUUUAUUUUUCAGUCUCACUUUAUGAGCUACGCUAAGAAUUCCAAACUAUGCAAUAAUCACUCACAAAGGAUUCACUGCAACACGGAAAUUGAUCUUUAUCUCAUGCAUCGCCAACUGAUGCUGUGUGAGUAAAGUAGGACCAUGUGUGCUCUCGUGCUGCACUCACGGUGUGAAGGCAUCGCACCUCUAUGAUGCUUUCUUUUUCCGUGCUUUGUCUACACCAGUUCUUCUUUUGUUCUGUGAACAGGAACGCUUCUUUCAUGUCAUGCUGUGCAAACGGGCGGGGGAGGGGGGAGAUGUUCCGAAAGAAAUACUGGGUAGUUAAGAACUAUAGUGACACUGUAGUAUAUACUAGCUUGUAUUUUAUUUUUGAAUUUGCACUUUGCAUCUUAACCACUAUAAAGGGCAUUGAAAACAUUCAGCAUGUGUGCAACUGAGGCAUAUUUUACUUACCCAGUGAAUGGAGAUGAGUUUGAAUACCACGUAUCCUGAGGGGGUCAGGGCUUCUUCAUGUUCUCUUGAUCCAUUUGUGUGUAUCUUUGUUGACCAUGGGUAAAUCCAAGACCCAACAGCUGCUGCUAAAACUACCCUGUAUGAUGCUGGAACCUGUCAGCACACAAUGAGCUCACCAUCAGUCAUUUAGACGUCUUACUGUUGAUUCAUGUCUUCAUAUUUAUUUUUCUGUCAUGUCUGAUUCAUUUGGCAAGGGCAAAUCGACUGUUUUAUCACCAAGUAAAAAUGUAACAGUAAUUUUAGAGAAUGUACCUGUAUACUGAAUGUCUCCAGACAAGGACAGGCCUAAGUUGGCCGAUGAAAGCUUUCGAGAAAGCUCAAAGUCAUAGAAGUUUUGUCUUGUUUUUAUGUAAAUUCCUUCUUUUCUCCAUUUUAAUCCAGGUAUUGGGAGUUUAAGAUGAAACUGGAGCAUUGUUAAAUUGGCCUGUGGUGAGCUUUGUCAGACUGUUCCUGUUACUACUCCAAACUAAAACCCUCUCUCACUUCUGGAGCUUCAUGGUACUCGUUCCCCUCAAAACUUGAAAUAGAUUGUUGUGCUUUCAUUUGAAAAGCUUCAGUGAUUAGUAAAAGUCUGUUUUCAUUUCCAUCCAACAGUGAGGCUUAUUUUACAGAUUCAAAUAUAUCAGAUUCAAAAGUGUGUCUCUGUUAUAGAUCACUGAAGUUCCUCAAAACAGAUUCUAUGUAAUGCAUGAUAAACCCUUGUGAAUCACUUGCACUUUAAAAUAUACCCAUACACAUAUAUACCCACACUGUGUAUAUGUUUGGGUUUUUCCUCUGUACUGAAAAGUCAUAAAAGAUACAAAUGCAUCAACUGUGUGUCUUUUGCUGAUAAGAAAUAAAAAAUUUCUCAAAUCUA